AUGUACAAUGUAUUAGAAUAGAUCGUGAUGGCCGGAGUAACAAUUACGAAUCUUCUCUUCUUCCCUUGGACAUACUCCAGCUGAACUUGGUCUUGGAAAGCGCUUCAAGUCUUUUCGCGACUCAGGGAAUCGGCUUCUUUGCGGCCAGUCAUUCGUUUUCGACUGCUUUAUACACUCGUUCCCCAUUGCAUUGCGUCUCGAUAAUUACCUCUUUCACAAUCACGGACAUGGGCCUUCAGUGAGAGAAAUCUCGUGAAAAGUUCCAUUCCGUUGGCGCUCGCGAAAGAUUUUGCGAUGCGGCUACAUUCGCUCGAGCCUGCGCAUAAUGCCUCCAUCGGCCAACCGUAAAGAACACGAUAUUGUAAAGAAGCAAGAAAUAGGCACGGUUACGACUCUCGCUCGGCAGACUCGGAGGCGGCUGGAGAGGGUUGGAGGAGAAGUGCAAGAGUGCGCCGCGCAAUGGUACAAGAAAUAUUUUCUGGAGGCAAUAUUACGCCAGAAGCCUCUGAAGCCUUCCAAAGAUGGCCGGCAUAUACCGUUGCGAGUCGAGCACGAACAAGCCCUCAUCGAUGAGCGGCGUGGUCAUCCGUACAUAUCGAAUACGAUCCGAACCUCGCGAUAUACCUUAAUUGAUUUUAUACCAAAACAGAUAAUAUUUCAAUUCACGCGACUAGCGAAUUUCUACUUCCUCUGCGUCGGAAUCCCCCAAGCGAUCCCAGGACUAAGUACGACCGGGAGUUAUACAACCAUUCUACCCUUAUUAUUCUUUGUUCUCUUAACGAUUGUGAAAGAGGGAUAUGAUGAUUAUAAACGACAUAGGUUGGAUAAUUUCGAGAACGCCAAUGCCGCGAGAGUUUUGAAGCGCAAGUCUCUGAAUUUAAAUUCUGCGCUAUCAACUCGAAGAUGGUUCCCGGGCAGACAAAAGACCACGGAGAAGGAUGUUGAAUCUAACGUCGAGGAGAUCGAUUCGGAGUACGGAUGGAGGCAAGUUAAAUGGCAAGAUGUCAGGGUUGGUGACAUUGUUAAGCUAGUCCGCGAUGAGGCCGUGCCCGCGGAUUUAGUUCUUUUAUACGCUACAGGAGAGAAUGGGUUAGCAUAUAUCGACACCAUGGACCUUGACGGCGAGACGAAUCUUAAAAGCCGAGAAUCUCUCCCGGAUUUCAAGGGUUGUCGUACCAUUGCCGGCCUUCGCAGCUACCAGGCUGAGUUCGUUCUUGAAGACCCGAAUCCCGAUUUAUAUCGUUUUGACGGGCGUGUAACCGUAGACGGUCGGACACUUCCUUUAACAUCUAAUGAGGUCGUCUACCGAGGAAGCACGCUUAGAAAUACCGAGCACGCUAUUGGUAUGGUUAUUAACACCGGGGAGGAGAGCAAGAUCCGUCUGAAUGCGAAUCAACAUCCUCAGGCUAAAAAGCCGGCAUUGGAGACGAUUGCCAACAAAAUCGUUAUUGCACUUGCGCUCUACGUCAUUAUCUUGACAGUGGGAUGCUCUAUGGGAUAUGUCAUCUGGCGACGAUCCACCGAGCAAGGGUCGUGGUACGUCUCUAUGGCUACCGUGGAAUUCAAGCAAAUCAUUAUCGGUUAUGCGAUCAUGUUUAAUAACGUUAUCCCUCUCGCUCUCUACGUCACUCUCGAAAUAACAAGGAUUGGCCAGAUGCUUUUAUUAAACAACGACGUAGAGAUGUACGAUGAGGCUACCGAUACUCCAGCUCGGUGUAACACCAAUACCAUUUUGGAGAACCUCGGUCAAGUCAGCUAUAUCUUCUCCGACAAGACCGGUACACUAACGGAGAACGUCAUGAAGUUUCGCAAAUUGAGUAUUGCUGGUACAUCGUGGCUACACGAAAUGGAUAUUCAAUCUGAAGUCACGGCGACAACCGAACAAAAUCUCAGUGUAAGUACGGCGGUCGCAAUGCCUCGGCGGUCCAGGGAGGUUGCUAGCGUGAUUCAUGAAGAUAUUGAACUAUAUCCUCUUUCUUCACCGUCAUCAAUUUUCACACCUCGGUCGGAGAGGAGAUCGUCGUCUCAGUGGAGAUCAUCUGCUCGCCCGGACCAUUUGCAGCCGGAUGUAACAACUACAGAUCUAUUGGAGUAUAUUCGACUAAGACCAACGUCAGCAUUUGCAAGGCAAGCUAAGGAUUACAUCUUAUGCAUAGCGCUAUGCCAUACGUGUUUGCCGGAGGAGAAAGAUGGGAAGAUCGAUUUUCAAGCCUCGUCGCCGGACGAGUUAGCGCUUGUUCGUGCUGCCCAGGAACUUGGGUACUUAGUUGCCCAUCGAUCCUCCCAGGCUGUGACUCUACAUAUUGACGUCGGAGAUGGCAAUAAAAGGACUGAAGUGUAUCAGAUCCUUGAUGUCAUCGAGUUCAGCAGUAAGAGGAAACGCAUGUCAAUUGUCGUGCGUUACCCCGACGGGAGAAUAUGCAUCAUUUGCAAGGGUGCAGAUUCCAUGAUACUUCCUAGGCUCAAGUUGGCUCAUGUAGCAAUGCAGAAGGCAACGGAAGUCCGUAAGAGCGUCGAGAUCGAACAUGAGCUUUUACGAAGAAGUGAACAGUUGGAGGUGAGAAAUAGCUUUGGCGGCCGCCCAAGCCUGACGUUACGACGGAAUAUCCCGGGAAAUCGGAAUAGUAUUGCUCUUGCGCAACUUGAUGUACCUACCAAAACACCAGCAAUCGUAAGGAGCAGAUCUGUGGAAGCAACGAGAUCGCGGCUCUCUGGAGAUAGAACUCGUCCGACACUCGGCAUCCGAACUACGUCUCUCGAAGUAUCGAACACGCUAUUGAGAGUAAGCCCGUCAACGCCAAGGCCGUUGCCAGAGAAAUUCAAUUUUCUUGACGACGCCUCCAUUUACGACGAGUCGACAACUUUCAGUCGAUGUUUCAAACAUCUGGAUGACUUUGCUACCGAGGGCCUACGAACCCUAUUAAUUGCUAGGAAAUUCAUACCUACCAGCGAAUACGAAACAUGGAAGAAAAUAUACAACGAUGCAACGACAAGUCUAGUUAAUCGCCAGGAUAUGAUCGAAGCAGCAGGUGAACUAAUCGAACAGUCGUUUGACCUUGUUGGAGCGACAGCAAUCGAGGAUAAGCUCCAAGUCGGCGUGCCCGAAACCAUCGACAAGCUUCGCCGCGCCAAUAUCAAAAUCUGGAUGUUGACGGGAGAUAAACGUGAAACAGCCAUCAAUAUUGCUCACUCAGCACGAAUCUGUCGCCCAGGUUCCGAUAUAUUCAUUCUCGAUUCUUCGAAGGGCUCGUUAGAGACACAGAUGAGCGACAUAUCCGAGGACCUUGAGACUGGUUGCACUCACAGUGUUGCGGUCAUAGACGGCCAAACUUUGGCAGUUGUUGAGCAAUCAGCGCAACUUACGGAUCUCUUCUAUACCCUCAUUCCUAAGAUUGACUCCGUCAUAUGCUGCCGCGCGUCGCCAGCUCAAAAAUCCAUGAUUGUAAAAGCUAUCCGACAACGAGUACCGAGUGCUCUGACUCUCGCAAUCGGCGAUGGUGCUAAUGACUUAGCGAUGAUUUCAACCUCCCAUGUCGGGGUUGGAAUCUCGGGUAAGGAGGGUCUCCAGGCUGCUCGUGUAGCCGACUACGCUAUCGCGAAAUUUCGCUUCCUACAGCGUCUACUCCUUGUCCACGGCCGUUGGAACUAUGUCCGCACGGCGAAGUUCAUUCUCAACACCUUCUGGAAGGAGAUGUUCUUCUAUUUACCCACGGCAAUGUACCAACGCUACAAUGGCUACACCGGAACUAGUCUUUAUGAGAACUGGAGUUUAACCGUGUUCAACACGUUAUUUACAAGUUUAUGUGUCAUCUGUCUGGGUAUAUGGGAGCAGGAUCUUAGUGCAGAGACACUUCUUGCCGUGCCUGAGCUGUACGUACACGGGCAGAGGAAUAAGGAGUUAAACAUACCUAAAUUUGUGCGCUGGAUGGCUGCUGCGGCUACAGAAGGCGUGCUUGUAUGGCUCGGUGUAUGGGCUGCCUACAGCGUGUUUGGACAUGCUUCCGAUGAUAGUCUCUUCGCCUUUGGCGACUUGGUGUUUACAGUUGGUGUGAUUUGGAUCAACUGGAAGAUUUUCAUUAUCGAAACACACCAUAAGACGGCCAUUGUCCUAGGAGCGUUUGGCAUCACUAUGGCAGGAUGGUGGGCUUGGCAAGCCUUCCUCUCAGGGAUCUAUGCUCCGCAGCCGAGCCCCUACCCAGCCAGGAACGGAUUCAUUAACACGUUCGGAACGGAUCCGAUAUGGUGGGUAACACUCAUCGUCGUAACGAUAGUACUCAUCUCGAUGGAGACGGCUUACAAAGUGGUGAAACGCAAUUUGAUCAUUGCGGGUGUGUGGAAAUGGCCGCCGUGGAAGCCGAGGAGCGUCGAUGAUAGUUUAGAGGAAUGGGGCUUAGAGGUCUGGCAAGAACUGGAACAGGAUCCAGUUACGCGCGAGCGGUUGCGGAGAGCAGCUAUGGAAGAAGAUGAAGACGAGGGCGAUGAUGAACAAGACAGCGUUGACCCAGAUGACGUAGCCAAGGUACUAUGAGAGGAGGGCAUUUGUUGGCGUUUUGGAUCUAUAUACCUAGCUACUCAUAUAUACCCUACUCGGUCUCCAUCUCAGGAUGGUCGUUUAGAUGAGGUUUUGGCGGGAACAUCUUUGGGGGCUUUCUGGGAUUAGACAGAUACCCUACGCAAUCAUGAUAAGACAUAUAGGUAGAGCGAUGCUUAUGUAUAACAUAUUAUAUUAAUCACAC